AUGUGGUGGGCUCUCAUCACUAUGGCUACCGUCGGCUACGGCGACAUCACACCCAGCUCCAUGGCCGGCUACACACUGACGGUGUUCUGUGUUGUCGCGGGUAUUCUUCUCACCUCCUACACUGUGCCGAUUCUAGUCAAUGAUUUCCUGCUCUACUACAGUCACGCGGACCAACUGGCCUGGAUGCGACGGGUACACACCUCGGCUACAGAGAAGAGACGAAAUGAACGGCGUGAUCUCCUGGCCAAACGGAGAAUGAAUCGAGUGCGUGCCCUACUGAAGAACUCCGUGGUAGGAAACUACUCACUGGGUCGGGGUACAUCAGCUCAUGGCAACAGUACUUAA